CAAACUUUUGUGAAGUAACUCCACUCUUCUGUUUAAUGAAGUAAACACUUUGGAGUUUCUGAGGAAACAUCCAUGUAAUUUUGCUGCAGUACUGUCCAAUAUGCCUUAUAACACAAUUCAGAGCAGGGUGUAACACUCAGUGCUGUUGUUUUAUGAUAACUGGUUCAAUAUUUAGCAAAUAUGAUUGAAAACUGAGAUCACAACAGUGUGGUAGAUUACCAAUGGUUUAACAAGACAUCCAUAAUAUAUGGUUCUCUUUUGUGUCUGUUUCACUUUCAGUCUUCUGGGACAAGAUAAAGAUGUACUUUCAAAGUUCAUCCUCAUCUUCAUCCUCAUCCUCAUCCUCAUCCUCGCCCUGCGAAAGACUGGCGACCUGUCCAAGGUGUCCCCCGCCUUCGCCCGAGUCAGCUGGGAUAGGCUCCAGCACCCACCGCGACCCUAGUGAGAAUGAAGCGGUGUAUAGAGGAUGCAUGGAUGGAUCCUCAUCCUCAUCCUCAUCCUCAUCUUCCUCCGAGGGGAGUACCACAUGGCAGCGUUUGGAAUUCACAACAGGCUACACGGUGGUGAAAGAACUGAGAGCUGGAGGCUUUGGAAGAGUGUUGGAAUGCGUGAAAAACAACACUGAAGAGCACGUGGCUAUAAAGGUGCCCAUACGGCACAAUCUAGACCAUGAGGUAGGAGACUGAUUUCAGCUGAACAGUGACAUAAAAAAGACAUUGUUUUAAAAAGAGGUAGUACCACUACAAGAUUCUGAGUAGUGGUACUGGUCAUGUUAUGUACUUUUUAGUUGUUGAGAAGAACUGAUUGGAUGAUGUGACUCAGCAAACAUAUUGUGUCUCCACAGGCGGAAAUCCUGAAAAAGCUCAUGAGCCACAACUCGAAGGAGUCCAACAUCAUUGAGUACAAAGGAGACUUCUUCAUAGACAAUAAGCGGCUCCUGGUGCUUGAAAAGUUGGACAUCGACCUGUGGGACUAUGUGGAGAGUUUACCACAGCCAAUGCGACUGGAAGACGUCCGCACAGUUAUUCAGCAGGUGGCUGUAGCUUUGAAUGCAGCAAAGAGUGCUGGCAUAAUCCACGGUGAUGUGAAGGAGGAUAACAUCAUGAUGGUGGAUCACGUGAAGCAGCCCUUCAGAGUCAAGCUCAUUGACUUUGGUAUGGCCAAGUACAGGUCGGAAGCCAAAGCAGGAGAGCUAUUCCAAGUACUUGAAUAUAGAGCUCCAGAAAUCACCCUGGGCCUGCCGUAUUCAGAGGCCAUCGACGUUUGGUCCUUAGGCUGCGUGAUGGCCGGGAUGAUGACUGAAGAUAGUCUCUUCGGAUCAGAAUCGGACUCAGACUCGGAAUACUGGAAAGUGAGUAAAUUACUGCAGCUGAAACACAUUAGAAGCCGUCACAGGAUUAGCUUCAGGUCUAACAUGGUGUUACGUUUUGUCUGCAGCUCCGACGCAUGAUCCGUCUGCUGGGUCCGCCACCGCAACAUCUCAUCGAUGCUGGCCGGAGAUCACGAUUUUUUUUUCAGAAAACGUCUAAUGGUUUGUGGCGGCUGAAGGUACAAUGCUCCUACUGUGAUUUUACCUCUGACCUUUACUCACUCAAUAAGAUAAAGACUUUAGUAAGCAUCAUUGUUUUCUUCUUUCAGACACCUGUUGAGUAUUUUGUGGCCCAUGUCAUCUACUCCGACCCCACAGUUUACGAGUUCGGCUCUCUGGAUGAAAUGAAAACGGUGUCCUCUGAGACGGACAACCCAGCAGAGGCCGAUGAGAGGAGGGAGUGCAUCGAGCUGUUGAAGGCGAUGCUUCGGUGGGAUGAGGACGACAGAAUCACCCCCAGCGGUAUCCUCAACCAUCCCUUCAUCACCAAAAGCUAUCUCAACAGCAGCUCCCCCACCAGCAGUUGCGAUGAACCGAGACCCUCCACCAGCAAGUUCAUCAUGGUUAAGCCUGCAGAUCCUGAAAACAGAAUUAACCUGACAGGCUUGCCUGAUGAGGACAAAGACCUGAAGAGCAGUGAGCAUGAAGACAGUGACAAUGCUGACACUGCUGAAGACACUGACGACAGCGAGGAUAGCAAUGAUGAUGAAGACACCGAGGUCAGUGAGAAGGAACAGAGGAAGACGAAGAAGAAGAAGAACUGCUUCCAACGCGUCUUCUCUUGGAUAAAGAAGACGUUCUGCUGCUGCUGUGCGUCCGAUGUGAUGAACUGAGCAGCACUGUCAAGUGUCUUUCACUGUCACCCUCACCCCAACCGGUCGAGGCAGAUGGCCGCCCUGUCUGAGCCUGGUUCUGCUGGAGGGUUCUUCCUGAAAAAGGGAGUUUUACCUCCCCACUGUCGCCAAGUGCUUGCUCAGACAGGGAAUCCAAAGGAAACUUUGGAUUUGUUGGAUUUCUUUCUAUAGUUUUGUCUUUACUUUCCUCACUGAAGUGUCUUGAGAUGACACAUUUGAACUGGAAAAUAAAAUGUAUUGAAAAUGAAUUGAAAGGUUUACCCAAAAAGUGUCUGGAUUUUGGUCACAUGGUUGUUGCUCACAACUGCCCUGAGUCAGUCAUGGCUUCUCAGUUGCCGUGCAGAGCAGAGAAUCUUUGGCUUUCUUUUUUUUACAAUUUCCAUCGUUAUUUUUGGUGAAUUUUUAAAUUUGACAUUUUAAAUAAAGUGACUACAAUGAAAUCUGACAAUUUUAAGCUUAUUUUCAAGAUGUUUUCUCUAUGUAACCACACAAAACUGAUGGUAUUUAUUACAAACAGUCGGAAGGUUGAACCACCAGAAACUGCAUUUUUACACUUUCUGGCUCUAAAAAGAGUGUGCAUUUUGAAGACUUUUUAAAAACAAAACAUGCCUUGUAAACAAAGUGGUGUUACAAGGGUUUAAAGUGACAAGCACAUC